UGCUUUCUUCCAGUGAAGCCUCAGCAGUGCAGAAGGCCUGCCCUUUUGUGGUUGUGAUAAAGGAUGCUGAUCAUGUGAAGGGAAGUGCUGACGCUGAAUAUGUUGAUGGUUCCAGGCUAAUGCCAAGCACAUGCUACAUGGGCUGCGACUUGUCUAUGGUGGAUAGUCCAAAUCAUAGCAUUGCAGAGACACAUGCUCACACAUGGAUGGGCUCCAGGUGCUGCAAUAAAGCCACGCAGCCCCUCGGAGCUGUAUCAUUAAGGAUUGUUUUCACCCAAAAGGAUAAACUGGUGAUGAGUGGCAAGAGAGAAGGGACAGCUCUCUCCAAUGAUGUGGAGCAAAAGGCCAGAGAGCAGUCUUGCAUGCACAUGCCCUUCUUGGACGCUUCCUCUGGUAGCCCAGCUGCUAUCUAUCUGGGAGACAUGCUAAUGCAGCAAUGUUUGAAGAAUCUUCACUCGCAUUAUACGGUUCUGACUGGACAGGGAAUAUCUUGUGCUACUUGUGCUUGCCUCACAAGUCACAAUCUUAACAAGAUCCAGCACUGUACACACAAGUACACGUCCUUCUAA